AUGACAUCAGUGCAAGACUACAAAGACAGGCAGCCGAGCUCAGCCGAGCAACAGCAUUGCACAAUUAAAGGCGUCGUGUCUAUUAUUGAUGUAGUCAUUGCAUUAGGACAGAGGGGCAUUCCAUUAAGAGGCAAUUGGGAUCCCUCUAAGAGAAAUGAAGAUGGAAUUUCUCCUUCUUUGUUGACUGGAAAUCCAAGUAUGAUCCAGAACUCAAACACCAUUUGGAUCAUGCUUCCAGUAAUGCUAAGUACACGUCUCCGAGGAUUAAGAAUGAAAUAAUCAAUUUGUGCGACAGUUUCAUUAGAAACCGUGUCCGAGCAUCAAUACCAAAGUAUUGGAGUAUAAUGGCCGACGAAACGCAAGAUUGUUCUACAACUGAACAACUCAGUAUAUGCGUGCGAUAUCUGAGCAGUAAAAAUGAAGUCUGUGAAGAAUUUAUUGGAUUCGUAAGGCUUGAAAAAUUGGAUGCCCAGAGCAUUACGGAUACCUUGUUACACGCACUACAAGAAUGGGGCUUAAAUAUGUCCGGCCUAGUUGGCCAAGGAUAUGAUGGAGCAAGCUUCAUGAGUUCAAGUAGGAAUGGGGUGCAAGCCAAAGUUGCAGAGAAGUACCCUAAUGCCACGAAAGUUCACUGCAGGUCCCAAGUUUUGAACCCUGCAAUCUCGAGUGGUUGCAAAGCUGUGCGAUCCAUUCAGAAUCUGUUUGAUAACGUCAGCAAACGUACGUGGUUUCUUAGUGGCAGCGCCAAAAGGAAAGAAAUAUUUCUUCAGACGGCCGCGGCCUCCGAUGACAGUGAACUGUUGAGCGCUCUAGUUGCAUGUGCUGAUGAAGACGAAGAAGAUGAAUCCGCCAAAACACUGGAGGAAGGAAGCAAGCGACAGACUGUACCGAAAUUCUGUGCUACUCGUUGGAGUGCAAAAGCUACUACCCUCUCUGCUUUUCUUGCUAAAUAUGGCUCUGUACUUCUAGCUCUGGAUGAAAUUUCGCCAUCAAGCAGUGGCGAUGCUUCAGCUUAUUCACGUCUUCUCCAAGACUCUGAAUUCAUAGUCGCUUUGACAGUAUCUCAGUUUGUUCUGUCAUUUUGAGCCCAAGUAACAAAGUCCCUACAAGCUAAGAGCUGUAACCUUGGCGAUGCAUACCAAAGUGUAACUCUUGCCAAAGAAUGCAUUAAAUCAGCAAGAGGAGAUGAAUCCUGGCAGAAGGUGUGGAGUCGAAUCAGCCAGGUAGCUGACCCUAUCAACGUCACCCUGAUAAAGCCUCGUACAACGACUGUUCAACGCCAUCGAGCAAACGACGCACACAACGAUCAGCCAUCAGACUACUACAGGAUUAAUGUGUUCUAUCCAUUUAUAGAUCACGUUGUCGGUGAACUUGAAACGAGAUUUUCAGUCCAGCACGAAGGCCUGAUUACCGCUCAAAACCUGUUCCCUUUGUACUUGCCCAAGUUAACUGACAGGCAUUUCGGAAGAUCAAGAACUACUUUAACAAGCAUCUAGAUUUCUCGGAGAAGUCUAAUUUUGACGCAGAGCUGGCAAGGUGGGGGAUGAAACACGCGAUCGAGCCAGAGUCAGAACAAGAAGGAGCAAUGCCUGAUUGCAGUCCGCAAGAAUUUCCUGCCAUUCACAAGGUCUGUCGAUCUUUCUAA